GGCGUAGUGGUUCCAGCCACUGCCCGGCUGUCCGAGCCCGGCCGGACCGAGCCGGGCGCACGGACCGGGCUCACGCGCUCUAAUUGCGGCGUUUAUGUUGAUGAUGAUAUAUAUAUAUUUUUUAAAUCACAGCAGCCCCCAGUUUAGCGGACUGAUUUACUCCCGGUAUUGGUAAAUAUGAUCACGUGGGCCGCGCGACCAAUGGUGGAAGCUGCAGCCUGCGAACUAGUCGGCGGCUCGGGCGCCGGCGGGGAGCGGCGCCGCGGCGGGCAGUGUAACCUUGGGUGGGAGCGCACGGCGCCUCAAAAUGUCCUCCAGUGGCACCCUCAGCAACUACUACGUGGACUCGCUCAUAGGCCAUGAGGGCGAUGAGGUGUUCGCCGCGCGCUUUGGACCGCCGGGGCCCGGCGCGCAGGGCAGGCCCGCAGGUGUGGCCGACAGCCCGGCCGCCGCUGCCGCCGAGUUUGCCUCGUGUAGUUUUGCCCCCAAAUCGGCCGUGUUCUCCGCCUCGUGGUCCGCGGUGCCCGCUCAGCCCCCGGCGGCGGCGGCGAUGAGCGGCCUCUACCACCCGUACGUGCCCCCGCCGCCCCUGGCCGCCGCCGCCUCCGAGCCCGGCCGCUACAUGCGCUCCUGGAUGGAGCCGCUGCCCGGUUUUCCGGGCGGCGCGGGCGGAGGCGGUAGCAGCGGGGGCGGAGGUGGCCCGGGCCCUGGUCCCAGCCCCGGCCCCAGCGGCCCACCCAACGGGCGCCACUACGGGAUUAAGCCUGAAACCGGAGCGGCCCCGACCCCUGCCGCCGCCGCCGCCGCCGCCACCUCCACCUCCUCCUCCACUUCCACGUCUUCCUCCUCCAAACGGACUGAGUGCUCCGCGGCCCGGGAGUCCCAGGGGAGCGGCGGCCCCGAGUUCUCCUGCAACUCGUUCCUACGGGACAAGGCAGCAGCUGCGGCUGGGGGAACCGGGCCCGGGGCAGGGAUCGGGUCCGGGUCUGGGGCAGGCGGCUCCUCGGAGCCCUCGGCUUGCAGCGACCACCCCAGCCCAGGCUGCCCACUGAAGGAGGAGGAGAAGCAGCAUCCGCAGCCGCCGCAGCAGCAACUUGACCCAAACAACCCUGCAGCAAACUGGAUCCACGCUCGCUCCACCCGGAAAAAGCGCUGUCCCUACACCAAAUACCAGACGCUAGAGCUGGAGAAGGAAUUCCUCUUUAACAUGUACCUCACCCGGGACCGGCGCUACGAGGUGGCAAGGAUUCUAAACCUCACAGAGAGACAAGUCAAAAUCUGGUUCCAGAAUCGUAGAAUGAAAAUGAAAAAGAUGAGCAAGGAGAAAUGCCCCAAAGGAGACUGACCCGGCGCGCCGCUGGCGGGACCACUCUGCGCUGCAAAAGCAGCGGGUUUUUUUGUUUGUGGGUGCUUGAUUUCCAGAAACUCUCCAGCGAUUCGGACAUUCCCCCCCUCCCCCCCCUUUUUUUUUUAGGUAGAAGUGACUGUGCGGUUGGUCUCUGUGAGGUAUUUGGGGGACUCUGUAUUUGCUCGCUUAUGUGUUGGAGAAACGAAGUGGCUUUGGGGUUUCGCCUUUUCCCGCUCCCUCCCUUUCCUGACCCGUUGGUUCCAUAGGAAAUGCUAUAUUUUGUGAGUGCACGCUGGAUUGAAGAGCCCUCUCUUGUGUAAAUGUCCCCUAUGUUUCUGAAAAGUGCUGUAGUUUAGCCCCCAGAGCUGCUCAAGCAAGGGCCAAGUGCGCCCCACUUCUGAGAAUGAAGGCAGAGCGACAACCGUGGGGGGCCCGCCCAGGUUGCCCACCAGUUAGUGAAGUCCUCUUCCCUCAGAGAGCCCGCGGGCCCUCCGCUGAGACCUGAAAUGAGGCCGAGAGAGGAGCCCAGGGCCUCUGGUGGGUCGGGGGUUUAUUCUCAGUGCACUGGAGGAGCCGCUCUCUCCUGGGGAGGGCUCACCUCGCGUAGGCGGCCGGCCGCGGGUGUAGGCCCUCCGGGCUCCUGCCUGAGGACCAGUUGUAAAUGUUACCGCUUCCUACCAAUAAAUGCUGACCUGAUCAAAUGGA